AUGGAACUGACACCUAUUAUCGUACGUGGCAAGAAAAGGAGGUACCUGCACCCAGCACUUGCUUCUUCCAGAAGUAAACCUCCAUCGAUACCUACACAAAAUUCUUCAGCAUCUAAAUCUCAGCCCAAACGACAAAGGAAAACAAAGUCGACAUCCAAGAAGAAGGACAUUACGCCGGCUAUGCCGACACUCCAAGGCCUUCCCCAGGAACUACUGGAAAUGAUCUUUCUUUACAGUAUGAACACAGCGCUUCCACGCUGCUCACCGGAUCUAGGCAAGAAACUCUCGGCCCACAAGAUAGCGAUGGACUUCACCAUGCAAGCCUUCUUCCAUACCGUUGAUCACCGCACCAACUAUCGGGACCGCCUUGUUACCAGCGACGCUUCGCUCCAAUCUGACAUCUUGGCCUGCCGUUUCUUUACCUACGACUUCUUCCUGGGAUAUGUACAGAGCGCACAAGAUGCAAUGAUCAGGUUACGCGGAAAAGCCUGGGAAGCUACUGGAGUCACGAUCCCGGGAGUGUCCUACUUCGACGGACUGUGGCCAUACAAGUUUACCAAAAUCCCACAUCUGGCUUUUGCACAAGGUUUCCACGUACCGGAGAAGUUGCUGCAUGGGCCGUGGACCGAGGACAAAGCGUCGUUGCUUUACGUAUUGGUCAGUCUGAACGGAGAGAUCGACUGGGAAGGUAGUAUGGCAGGCGAAGCGGCGAAGACGGGAAUGAAAGAGGCCAUCAAAGAUGGAAACGAGCACGCGGUGGCGGCGCUCGCUGUGCUUUUGGGUGUGCCAAAAGGCAUCACUACCGAGUUACUGCAGUACGCUAUCAUACAUUGCGGUUGCAACAUCAACAUCAUCCGACACUUGCUUUUCAACGCACAAAUCCUCGCUGAAGAGGCAUCAAACACGUUGGACUUCUAUGACCCGGCACUGUGGGCAUGGGCAGACGUCAAUGGUCACAAGGGAGAGACGAUCAAGGACAUGCUUAAAGAUGCUGACGCCUUUGAUCUUGAGUUCUACUUUGAAGACAAUGCUGACUGGCCCAGAAUUGUCCCUUUCCCGUAUGGUGGAAGCAGAUUCGAUGCGAGGACGGCGUUCAAUGGCGUGGUCAGAGAGCUAUUGAUGAACCUGUAUCGGAACUAUGGCAGGAAAAUCACACGGAGGAGGGCAACAACACCAGAGCAGAGAGUUGCGGAAGAUAAUGUAGUUGAUGAUCAAGACUAG